AUGGAACUUACAAUUGGUUCAAUUAAUGCUAGGGGAUUAGGAGACAGAAGCAAGCGACGGGAAUUCUUUAAUUGGCUGCGGAAAAAACAAAUGGCCAUAUAUUUUAUUCAAGAAGCUCAUUGUACCGAAAAUAAUAUGCAUGACUGGCGAGCUGAAUGGGGUUAUCAGGCCCUUUUCAGUUGCUGCUCUAGCAAAAAGGCAGGCGUUAUCAUAUUGUUUAACAACACUUUCACCUUUCAAAUUUCGCGAACAUACUGCGACCAUGGGGGACGCUAUAUAAUCUGUGACUUGAUUACAAAUGGGAAACACUUAACCUUGGCAAAUAUAUAUGCUCCAAACAACGACGACCCAACCUUUUUUACCUCGGUCUUUGAGCGGCUAGCAGAUUUUAAGUGCGAUGAGGUAAUAAUUGGCGGGGAUUAUAAUUUAGUUUUGGAUGUUGAGAAAGAUAAAAAAGGUGGCCUUGCAAAAACCCACAAAAAAUCGUUGGAAGUCAUAAAUAGCUAUUCCGAAGACUUAAACCUUAUUGAUGUCUGGAGAAUACAAAACCCUGAACAACGACGAUUCACAUGGAGACAAAAGAACCCCGAAAUACAAUGCAGACUUGACUUUUUUCUCGUAAGUCAA